UCAAGCGACAACGCGCGUGAAUGAAAAAUGUUAUUUAUUUAGUCUGUGGCUCGCUAGUGAUUGUGGUAGACGUGUGACCUUCGGCACGCGGCAAAAAAAGUAAAAGUUUUGGCGCCAAAAAUUUUUUAGAUUCAGAUUGUCUUGUGGUUAACUUAAUUUUAAUUUACGAAGUGAAUUUUAUGUGGAUAUAGUUUUAUUGUGUGAAAAUUGUGAAUAUUACUUUUAUUGGAAUUUACAUUAACUCUGGUAUUGCCAUGAGAACAUUAACGUUGGAACAAAACAAUGCGAGAAAAACGCUCGUUGCUUGAUGAUGGUUGACAGGCAUUUGAGCGUGAAUUGUACCUGAUAUAGCAAGAUGCAUCUAAUUCAUCUCCUGCAAGCAACGGUGGCACUCAUCGCUUUAUCAUGCAUCUGCAAGACAGUUUACGGCAAGAAAACCAAAAAGUACUCAUGCCCUAUAGGUUUCUCCAUCGCGUACACGACGGAGAAAGGGCAUCCCAUGUGUUACAGGCUCAAAGGACCAGAGAAGUUCACAGAUAAAUACAAAGACUGUGUUGGAAACUUGUAUACGUCCAAGCUAUAUUUGGACUUAAACUUUACUACACCAAAUAUAGUAUUAUGGACAGAGUUCAAAUCGUUAUACCCUGGUGGUACAUUUGUUGACUGGUCCUACACUAAAAGCAUGGGAAGUGAGUUGGAUUCGUCAUUCGAAGUGAAUAUAGAUCCAACGAUAGACACUGGCGAAGAGCUAUGUGUUGCGAUUAAUCCAAUAAGUAAUUUCACAGCUGUUAAGUGUACAGAUAGGUAUUACAGGUAUUGCUUUCUCAAGCCAUAUCCAGAUGAAGAUGAAGUUUCUGACACUGGAUGUGUCGGUUUAAGAGACGCUGUAAGGUUUUAUAGUCCAGAAUCUACCUGUCUCACAGUUUUGACUGGUGUCGGUGGGGGGACAGUCAGAGCUACUUGGAAGCAAGCUCAAGAUUUGUGUGGGAAAAGAGGAGGAUCUCUUUUAAAUCGGGGCUGGAGGUAUUCCAAUAACCCGAUGUUUCACGAAUUAGGGUUUAAUAAUACAUUUCCCUUGGGAAUGAUAAUGAGUUCCGAUCUGAAUUCAUUAAGAUAUGACUCAGCUAAUGACCAUUCAGAGAUACCAAGUUCCGAGUGGAAUUUUGAAGAUAAUAGUAACAAUUCGGAUACUGUAUUUGGAGCUUUACGUGAUGAUCUCUGGUACCUCGUCAAUAGCUCUUAUAUUUUCUUCGAUGUGAUUUGUGAACGCAAUGUUCCUGUGAAGAAUUUAAGCAUGGUACUGGAUAUUGACCUAGACAAUAAGGUCACCCUGACGGUAAAUAAUUCAAUCACCAGCGAAAGAGUAUAUUGCUAUACCGAUUCUGUACAACGAUAUCCAACUAAAGUUGGAAAGCGUAAAAAAGAAGAUACAAAUAUAUUUGUUAUUAAACCAGAAAGAGAUGGCUAUUACUGGUGUACUCAUGUUGAUGUUAGAAAUUACCACGUAGCUGAAUCUAAUAAAAAACUGUUUAUAAGAGAAAAAGAAUCCCUAGACAACGUAUACGCAGUACUCUUACGACAUUAUAGAAAAAUCAAACUGGAUAUAGUGGAAAAACUGACUCGAAUCUGGGAAGUUAAACUCAAGGAGUAUAUUUAUUUGAGAACGAAGUAUGAAAGUGUUUUCGGGGAAAUAAGUUUGAAUAAGACUGAAGAGGUGUUGAAGAGUUUCAAGGAAUCUAAUCCUGGUUUGGACUUAAAGGAGAAAAUAGUAGUUCAGAAGUUAAACGUAAAGAGGUUAUAUUUAGAUGCUCAGACUGUGUUACUCCAUGUGGAAAUAAGUCCGGAAUAUAAGCCUGUGACUCCUGGCUUUUGGGAUGGCAUAGAAAUUGUCUUUAUGAAGCCGGUUUAUUAUUGUAAAGGAUUCGAUUCCGUACCUACUGUGGCAUUGGGUGAAUCAGUGACCUCAGCCGGGUGUCGAACCCACACCUGUAUAGGGGACUUCAACGAGGGGGUCCAAUGGGUCACUAGCGCUACGGAUAACUGUACAACUAGAGCAUCUAUAGAAGUCGAUACUGAUAUACAGAUUAGUACUGAAUUGCGCCAUUCUUUGCCCACUCCGAAACCUACUAAGGGUCCAGAACCUAAUUCCUCAUCAUCAGAAUCGAAUGAAGACAAUUCUGACGUAAGCACACCCACAUCAGACAUAACAAGUACUAUCCCACCUGAUGAAGUGGUUACUGUAACUUCGACUCCACUAGACGUUUUAACUGUAACAUCCACGCCGGAUGAAGUUAUAACUGUAACUUCGACUCCAGAAGAAAUUUUAACUGGAACACCUUUUAUACCUACUACUACUACUACUACUACUCCAAAGCCGCCAAAGCAAGUACUAGAGCAAGUGAUGCAGGAUCUCGAUAAUUUGAUCAACAAUGAGUCGGUUCCAAUAUUUGUGAAUGAUAUUGACGAUAUUUUUAAUCAGGUAGACCGUCUCCUCGAAGAUUCUGACAAUCUAGAGAUCCCUGGCCAAUUUUUACACCUUUUAGAUCGACUAGGUUCUAGUAUACAAUUAAAUGGGUCUAAAGUAGUGUCCGCAGUUAGAAGUAAUAUUGCUCUAGUAAUGGCUAAUGCGGAACCAGACAAUCCUGUCAGGGGUAUUAGAAUAGCUACAAGACAGGAUGACAGCUUUAGUGAUAGUGCCUUUGAAGUUUUUAAUGCGGCUCCCAACACCACAUCCCUCCAAUCAGACGAAAGCGAAGCGGUGGUAGUACUCCCAGGUUCCAUAUCUGAUACCAUGAGACGGGUCAGUUUCGUGGUGUUCAGGAACGACAGAGCCUUCCAGGAUACUAACAUGCACCACGUUAAUAGCAGGGUACUGAGCAUUAAAGUGGAGAACUUGACCACGUUUGAAAAUGGAGAGGUAAUCGACAUCCAUCUCAGUCCACUAUCAGCGAACAUAACUCGAAACCAGAGUCGAACCUGUGGCUACUGGCAGUUCCUCGACGAUGGGACCGGCUUCUGGUCCCAAGAAGGUUGUACCUUCAUCCGAUCCAAAUCUGGUCAAUUAGAUACUUGUCGAUGCACGCAUUUAACGCAUUUCGCAGAAAUUCUCGUCCCUAGAGCAGUUUUUCCUGAACACCAUGAAAAUGUAUUGGAAAUUUUAACUGUAGUUGGUUGUUGUUUGUCUUUAUUUGGUUUAGCUCUAGUCGGAGUCACGGCCAUCAUGUUCAGGUCUUGGAGAAGAGAUUUCAGCAACAAAAUCUGGCUGCAACUCUGUAUUGCUAUUUUCCUUGUAGCCUUAACAUUCCUCAUUGUUGUGUUCGCUCAUUUUGCGGUAUAUAAUGUCCCGUGUAUGCUCAUUGGAAUCGUUUUGCAUUAUUCUGUUCUAGCAUCUUUCUGUUGGAUGCUGGUCGCAGCUGUUUUAUCUUACCGUCGCUUGGUUCUAGUAUUUACGAGAGAUGCUUCACAUAAGCUUCUACGAGCUUCUGCCUUUUCUUGGGGUAUUCCGCUUGCCAUCGUUGGUAUUCUUCUUUCAGUCGCCCCGAACUCUUACGCGGGGCGCUUCGAAGAGAAGACUCCUAGUGGCUCCUUCUGCUAUCCUUCUGGCAUCGGUCUGUGGGUGUCUGUCUUCGCCCCGAUCGGUCUUGUGAUUCUAGUGAACUGGACGCUAUUUUUCUUAAUAGUCCGUUCCGUGUUUGCGUCUAGAAGGAUCCAGAGGCACGGCGAUUCCAAUGAAGCGUUGCGAUGUGCGUCCGUCAGUUGUUUGUUAGUAUUUCUAUUUGGAUUGCCCUGGAUUUUCGGACUUUUCGCUGCUAAUUUAGUCGCAGCGUAUCUAUUCACGCUGACCGCAUCGUAUCAAGGGUUCAUUCUGUUCCUGUUCUUCGUGGUAGGGAACAAGAAGACUCGUGAUUUGUGGUUGAAUAAGUUGAAGAUAAAGCAAACGAGGAAAGUGCCUGUGACCUCAUCGACGUACUCUAACCGGAGCACGGCUUGGAGACCCAACACGAGCACUGUUGAGUCUAAAGUGUCUAAACCCAAGUCUUUGUCUACGCCUGAUGACUCAAGGUUCUCUUGACGAAGGUCUCAAAUACCGCCCAAAAAGGGCUGGUACCUGAGCAGCUAUGAUUCCUUCCAAAUAUAGUAUUAUUCUUGCCUGCUUGGUUUAGUUAGGUCUCUGUCUAGUCUUUUUUACUAUAGUGCUCGAUGUCAUCGGGUCUGAAGUCUUUAGGGUAUAGAAUAAACGGCAUUUAAUGUUCAACCCAUUAGGACUUAGAUUGUAGUGUUCAUGGCCUUAUAUGAUGUAUAAAUUAUUGUAUUUAUUUCAUAGCUUUAAAUGAAUAAAUUAUUGUCUAUUCCUAUUUUAGUGUUAUAAUUAUUUAGAUUAAGAUUAUAUUUAUAUUGUAAUAGUGAUAUGUAUAAAAGAUAGCUGAAUUUUUACCGGAUGAUAGUAUAUUAUAAAACAAAAAAUUGGCUUGUGUAAAUUAUGUGCAGUUAUAUUAUCAAUCUACCUUUUAAAAGGACUUGCACUGUAUCAAAGACACUGUUGAAAAUUUAAAGCUUAAUGCAAAAUAUUCUAGCUCAGUAUUUGACUCGAAAAAUAAUUAGAUCUGUCAACAAGUCCUUGGCGAAGACCCUCUAUUGGUUGGGGCCAUAAACAAAGAGAAAGAAGACUACACCUAAAGAUAAAACAGUAUUUCUUGGUACGUAGUGUAUGCUCAACGCGUAAACUCGAAGAGAAAAAAUAUAUUCUUAUCAUCUAAGUAGUGUAUCACGUAAAUCAGAGAUGGCGCUUUAACCAAAUUAUUUUGCAAUCAAUAUGGGUCAUGGGAGAUAACAAAGCAUAAGUGCUGAUUUACACAGGGUCAGUAACUGACUACAAAUUGGAGGCAAAUCAGUACUGACCCGAAAAAAAACCCUGUGUAAACAGAUUUGAAGUCAGUACAGAGGCUUGAAGUCAAUGUAAUCAGUAAGUCAGUCGCGGCGCCGAAAUUGGCGCUGCGACUGACUUGUCUACUGACCCUGUGUAAAUCAGCACUAACAGUAAUGUUAUACCCAAAUGUAUAUUUGUAUUUAUAUAUUUUAGAGGCUUUAAAUAAAUUAGUAUUAAAUAAUUCGAUAUAACAAGUUCAAUCCUUAAUUGGUUGUAAGACAAAUUAUAAAAUUUUAGACAAACUAUUUAUUAAGAAAAAUUGUGACGAUAUUAUAUGCUUGUGAUUUUAAUUCGCAAUACCUUUUUUUAUUAGUCAAGAUCUCGAAAGAUCAGCUUCAAAAUAUAGAUUUUUAUAGACAAAGAGUUUGAAAGUAUUGAAAAGAACUAAAUACAAUGUACAGAACAAUUUAACUCAAUUCCAGAAAAAUGACAAAUGAUUAAUUUAAAAUUUAUUCUGAGUAAAAUGUAAAGUGUAUAAUUUAUUUAAAAGUUUGUAACAGCAACAUAUUGAAUUCAAUGUAAUUAAAUGAGGAAUGAGACAAUUGAGAAGUAUAACUUAUUGUAAAAUAUUUAUUUUAACUAUUGUUAUGAAAAAAUAAAUAAAUUCUGAAUAAACAAGUAA